CCGAUACGUUUCCGUUUGGAAAUCUGUAGAUAUAUAUUAAUUAUAAAAUCACUUUAAAUCGGUGGCAAUAUGAAUUCACAAUCGGCAGUGCGUCGUUACCCACACAGUUUUUCCAUCGAGCAGAUUCUGGCCAAGCCGGAAAUCAGUUCUCCGAAUUCCUUCCAAGAAUCGGCACAGGACGAAAGUGGACGCAGUAGCAUAAGUGGUGGUGUUUCACGUGUUUCUAGUCCAGCCACAUCGAGUUGCUUCGAGGAUAAUUUGGACGACGGCAAAAGUGAUAUUGAUUUGGGCUCUGAUGAUGGAAACGCCCUUGGGGAUGACCGCAAAAAGCGUCCGCGAACCGCAUUUUCGGCAGCACAAAUCAAAGCCCUGGAAACCGAGUUCGAAAGGGGCAAAUAUCUAUCGGUAGCAAAGCGAACGGCGCUGGCCAAGCAGCUUCAACUCACAGAAACGCAGAUCAAGAUCUGGUUCCAGAACCGUCGUACCAAGUGGAAGCGCAAGUACACCUCGGACGUGGAGACGCUGGCCUCGCACUACUACGCCCAGCUGGGAAUCGGGGGCCUGGCCAGACCCAUGGUGGUUGGCGAUCGGCUGUGGCUCUUCAGCCAGACUGCCACUGGUCCCGCGCCCAUUCAGUCCAUCAUGCUGAAUGGCAAUGGCUCCGCAGCACCCAUGGCAUCGGCGACAGCCAAUGGUCCACCAAUGCGUCCCUAUGCCGCCAGUGGCGGACUGCCUCCGCUGCCGGGACCCAGUGUGAUGGAGAGUGCCCGCAAUGCCAUCCUGGCCCGCGGUCAGCCCUUGAACUUUGCCCUGCCCUUUGGAGUGGCCAAGCCGGCGACGGGCGGGAUUCAGCCCUCAGCCAGCUACAUGCCGCGGUGCAAGUCGUACGCGGGCAGCUAUGUGGACUAUGCGGCGUCACUGCCACCGAACGAGGCCUAUCUGCAAAUGAAGUACGCCACCCUGCCGCCGGAAACGGAGGCGGAAGCGGGCAGCUGCAAUGGCCUGGCCGAGCUGGAACGAGUCUUCGGGGAUGCCAAUGCCAACUUCCUGCAGCAAAGGAGCACUCCCGUGGCCACAUCCUACGGCCACGAAGGAUUGAACCAAGCACAAAGGAGCCGGAGGCCCACGCAAUCAGAGUCCGAGUGCAGCGACAUUGAUUGCGAGCAUUUGGACGAGGAUGAGGAACAACCACCUGCCGCGGAGUGAAACCAAUCUUGAAUCUUUAAUCUUUAUCAAUUAU